UUGGGCCGUCAUUCCCGGCGUCCUUUGCGCAUUACCACCGGCAUAGCUCGGGUUUCGUCUCAUCAUCAUGGCGGAGCCGCGAGACAAGGCUCUGCAAGACUAUCGCAAGAAAUUGCUAGAGCACAAGGAGAUCGAUGGGCGCCUCAAGGAGCUAAGGGAACAACUAAAGGAACUUACCAAGCAGUAUGAAAAAUCAGAAAAUGACCUCAAAGCUCUACAAAGUGUUGGACAGAUUGUUGGUGAGGUUCUUAAACAAUUAACAGAAGAGAAAUUCAUUGUCAAAGCAACAAAUGGACCAAGAUAUGUAGUUGGCUGUCGUCGUCAGCUUGAUAAAAGCAAAUUGAAACCUGGGACGAGAGUUGCACUGGAUAUGACCACCUUAACAAUUAUGAGAUAUUUGCCAAGAGAAGUUGAUCCACUUGUUUACAACAUGUCUCAUGAAGAUCCUGGAGAUGUAUCUUAUUCUGAGAUUGGCGGAUUGUCAGAACAAAUCAGAGAACUAAGAGAGGUUAUAGAGUUACCCCUGACAAAUCCAGAAUUAUUCCAACGUGUGGGGAUUAUACCUCCCAAAGGCUGCUUGCUGUAUGGCCCACCAGGGACAGGAAAGACUCUCCUGGCCAGAGCUGUUGCCAGUCAGCUGGACUGCAAUUUCUUAAAGGUUGUAUCUAGUUCCAUUGUAGAUAAAUACAUUGGGGAAAGCGCUCGGCUGAUCAGAGAAAUGUUCAACUAUGCCAGGGACCAUCAGCCCUGUAUCAUCUUCAUGGAUGAAAUUGAUGCUAUUGGUGGUCGCCGUUUUUCUGAGGGAACUUCAGCUGACAGAGAGAUCCAGAGAACUUUAAUGGAGUUAUUGAAUCAGAUGGAUGGAUUUGAUACUUUACACAGAGUCAAAAUGAUAAUGGCUACAAACAGACCAGAUACUCUAGAUCCAGCAUUGUUGCGACCUGGAAGAUUGGAUAGGAAGAUUCAUAUUGAUUUGCCAAAUGAACAAGCUAGGUUAGACAUACUGAAAAUCCAUGCUGGACCUAUAACUAAACAUGGAGAAAUAGACUAUGAAGCAAUUGUGAAGCUUUCUGAUGGAUUUAAUGGUGCUGACCUAAGGAAUGUCUGUACUGAAGCAGGCAUGUUUGCUAUUCGUGCUGAUCAUGACUUUGUAGUUCAGGAAGACUUCAUGAAGGCAGUUAGGAAAGUUGCGGAUUCCAAGAAGCUGGAGUCUAAGUUGGAUUACAAACCAGUCUAAGUGCUACUACAUGGUUAAUGGCUGACAGUGACUGCCGCAUGGGAAAUGUGGGGGCUUCCUAGGUAAAAUGAGAAACAGACUAUCCCUUGAUUGAUUGUGUUAUUAUUUCAAAUCUAUGUAUUAAUGAUGGCAGUUAGCCAUUUGUUAAUAUUAGGUAGGAGUCUGCUGCAACAAGUUUUGUGGCCCUCUGAAAACAAGAUGGCUUUUUAACCCCACAUAUGUGCAGUAUAAAAUUUGCUUUCAGAUAGUGACUUUAUCAAAUGUACUAUACUGAUUUCAUCUGGCAAAUUUGAAGGUGGCAUGCUUGUUUUAUAUCAUUUUAUUUUCUCUUCUUUGAAACAGUAAAAUAUACCUUGUUUAAAUCAAGUUUGUUAAUUAGUUCCUUAGUAUCCUAUAAAUUAGAAGGAACAUCAUCUGAUGUUGGACCCUGAUAAGUUUUCAGUAUCUUGUCUAAGCAACCCAGCCUUUCAUAGAACAGUAUUUCUAAUUGAAAAGCUAAAAAGCAUUUAAAAAUUAGAAGAAGUUACACUUUUUCUCAGUUUAUUAUUGAUCUAUGACUAACUUAAAUCUUUCACAUAUUGGGAUGAAUAAAUUUUAAAGAUGUA